GCGCCGUUCUUAGUUCGCUGCUUCCCCGCUGCGCGUCGCUGCUCUCCGCGCUCCGCUCCGCCCGCGUCCGCCGCCCCUGCGCCAUGAACGGGCAGCUGAACGGCUUCCACGAGGUGUUCAUCGAGGAGGGAACGUUCCUCUUCACCUCCGAGUCCGUGGGCGAAGGGCACCCAGAUAAGAUCUGCGAUCAGAUCAGCGAUGCCGUGCUGGACGCCCACCUGCGGCAGGACCCCGACGCCAAAGUGGCCUGCGAAACGGUGGCAAAGACGGGGAUGAUUCUGCUGGCGGGUGAAAUCACCUCCCGAGCUGCUGUGGAUUAUCAGAAGGUGGUGCGGGACACCAUCCGGCACAUCGGAUACGACGACUCCUCCAAAGGCUUCGACUACAAGACGUGCAACGUGCUGGUUGCCCUGGAGCAGCAAUCCCCGGACAUCGCUCAGGGCGUCCACCUGGACCGCAGCGAGGAGGACAUCGGCGCCGGCGAUCAGGGCCUGAUGUUCGGUUACGCCACGGACGAGACGGAGGAGUGCAUGCCGCUCACCAUCGUGCUGGCGCACAAACUCAACGCCAAGCUGGCCGAGCUGCGCCGCAACGGCAGCCUGCCAUGGCUGCGCCCCGACUCCAAGACGCAGGUGGGCUCUGCUGGGGGCGCUGCGGGGCCUUUGGGGGCGCUGCGAGGCCUUUGGGGACACUGCAAGGCCUUUGGGGGCACUGCGAGGCCUUUGGGGGCACUGUGAGGCCUUUGGGGGCACUGCGAGGCCUUUGGGGGCACUGUGAGGCCUUUGGGGGCACUGCGAGGCCUUUGGGGGCGCUGCGGGGCCUUUGGGGACACUGCGAGGCCUUUGGGGGCGCUGCGAGGCCUUUGGGGGCGCUGCGGGGCCUUUGGGGGCGCUGCGAGGCCUUUGGGGGCGCUGCGAGGCCUUUGGGGGCACUGCGAGGCCUUUGGGGGCACUGCAAGGCCUUUGGGGGCGCUGCGGGGCCUUUGGGGGCACUGCGAGGC